AUGGCUUCUUUGAGAAGCCCGUCUUCGCCGACCGACGGUUAUAAAAGGUUUAGUGAUGAUUUCGCAAAUACCAGCAUCAACAACUACGGCUCCAACGUCACAAACAGUCGGACCAGCACAGAUGGCGCGGGAGAUGGCACGCUGGACAUGGGCAGCAGGUCGUCCCUCCACACCGGCCUGCAGAUGUCGGAGGACGAGCAUUGGGAGAUGAACUACCAUGAAGCUGCUAUUUAUUUAGAAGAAGGCCUAAAUAAUGAGAAAUUUGACUCUCAUCCAUCAAGUCCCGAGGAGUUGCCAGCGUACCUCCGCGUCCACAACCCUUGGUACCACGGGCUGGACCUACUGGCUUCCUUAGUUCUUAUUCUACUCGCAUUCACUGAAGAUCCCGCCGUUCCCGCUUUUGAGCUUCCAGUUUGGGCGCACGGUACUAUAGAAUUGUUGGCAUUAACUGUGAUAGGUGUUGAACUACAUCUUAAACUUAAAUGGAUUGGAUGGGGAACAAUCUUUAAACAUAAGAGGACGAUGUUAAAGGGUAUAACACUACUAAUAAUGAUUUUAGAAGCAGUGGUGGUACUUUGUAGGCAAUCCUCUCAUUUUAGAGUGACGAGAGCCUUACGGCCCAUUUUCUUGGUCGACACACGGCACUGUGGUGGAGUGAGACGGUUUAUCAGACAGAUAUUGCAAUCUUUACCGCCUAUUAUAGAUAUGUUAGGUCUAUUAAUGUUCUUCGUGGCAACAUAUUCGUUGUUAGGAUACUAUUUAUUCUCGGAGCAUAUCGACAAUGGACACUUUCAAACAAUCAGCGACUCUUUUGUCAGUAUGUUUGUUCUUCUCACGACUGCCAAUUUCCCAGAUGUGAUGAUGCCUUCUUAUGCCAAGUCGAAGUGGUACGCGCUGUUCUUCAUUCUAUACAUUAUAACUGUUCUCUACGUUCUCAUGAAUUUGAUGCUGGCGGUAGUGUACGAGGCGUUCACCCGCAUCGAGCGCGACAAGUGCCGCGCGCUGCUGCUGCACCGGCGCGGCGCCGCGCGGCGCGCCUUCCGCCUGCUGGUGUCGCGCCGCGCGCCGCGCGCCGUGCGUCUGCGACACUUCGCCGGCCUGCUGCGGCAUUACGCGCCCAAUUACAGCGGUCUGGACGUGUACCUGAUGUUCAAGCAGCUGAACGCGUCGGGGUCGGGCGGGCUGAGCCGCGCGGAGUUCGCCAACGUGUACGAGGUGUUCGCGCUGCGCUGGGCGGCGCAGGCGGCGCGCGCGCCGUGGUACGCCGCCGGCGCGCUGGAGCCGCUCGGCCGCGCCGCCGCCGCCGCCGUGCGCUGGACAUACUUCGAGUAUCUCAUAUAUGCCUUAAUAAUUGGCAAUGGAGUAUCUAUGAUACUUAGAGUGUGCCAGGCGGCGGGAGACUUGCAGGAUAGCGCUAGGUUGCUCUGUGCUUCUUGGGACACUUGGCUUUUCCUUAUAUUGUUCCUUCUAGAAGCAUCGCUGAGGAUAAUGGCGUCUGGUCUCUCAGUGUACCUCGAAAACGGCUGGAACGUGUUCGACUUGAGCGUCACGCUGCUGGCGUUGCUCGGCGCUGUACUUCUCACUAUUGCUCCGAAACUCUUCAUCGUGGUUAUGUUUAGACCACUCAGAUUAAUGCGGCUGUACAAGCUGAAGAAGCGGUACCGCGACGUGUUCGGCACGCUGGUGCUGCUGUCGCCGCUGAUGUCGUCGGCGGGCUGCGUCAUGCUCGUCAUGUACUACUUCUUCGCCAUCAUCGGCAUGGAGCUGUUCGCCGGCUACGACCUGCGCAACUGUUGCGUUAAUACGACAGUAGAAGAUUUCUACAAAUAUUCAGAGAACAGUUCCACGGCCCUCGGAUACUACUACCUGAAUAAUUUCGAGAACAUUCUAACAAGCGGCGUGUCUCUGUUCGAGCUGACGGUCGUCAACAACUGGUUCAUAUUAAUGAAUGCCUACGCGACCGUCGUUGGACAGUUCAGCAGAAUUUACUUUAUGGUUUUCUAUCUAUUCACCAUGGUGGUACUCACGAUAGUGGUGGCGAGUGUGCUAGAAGCCUUCCGCUUCAGAAUACAGUAUAAACGCAGCACCACGAAGCGGGACGAGGAGAAGCUCCUCCACGAGGAGGUGCACACUAGCUGGGAGGAGGCGCAGCGGCUGGGGGCCGGCGGCGACCUGGCGGAGGAGCUGCGGAUAUUCUUACCUCCGGGAGUGCAAGUGACUUUCAUAGGUACAAGGCCGCGUACAAAAGAGGUUCUUCAAAGGAGAAUGUAUCAGGCUGAUAUACAGAAGUGGUUGGCUGAGGAAGAUGAUAGUGAAGAUGCACCACCAUCAACCACAGUGACUUCCAGCGAGGACCCACUCUCCCCGCCACUCAUCCAGCAGCCCGACGCCGAGAACAACCACCAGAUUCGAACCGGCUACCAAUUG